GAGGGAAGUAGUUCCUCGGCUGAGGUAUUACUCCGCUAUCGCUUGCGCUGUCUUAAAUUUUGAGGUUUAUGUUCGUUUGUGACACGCGGAAAGAGAAAUACUGUAACAUUAUCUGAGAGAAACUUCGACUUGUGUGCGAGCAAAUCGACACUAGAGCUAUUUUCGGUUCACAGGGCGGACUAGGUGACGUGGCGCAACAAUAUGGAGGUCGCUCUUCGCGCUUUCCUUUUUGAGAAAGUGCUCAGAGUUUUGGAAAUAGAGGAGGAGGGUGAAGCAAACUGAGCCGGGGUUGAAGGGUCUUGGGGGCAGCAUCACUUUCGAAAGUUUGUCUCGGUAAUUUCCUGGAGUCUCUGAACCAUCAUUUGGUCGGGUUUGUUUACAUAUCGUGGCCCGGACGUGUAUGCGUUUUAUCAGUCAUUUACGAGGCAACCGAAUCCAGCUUUCUUGGCUGGUGUUUAAAAAACUCGCUCCAGUAAAUAUAUAAUGUUACCGAGCCAGGUUGGAUCGGCACCAUCUGGAAACGGCUCGGGUUCAGGCAGGGGUACAACACAACACGGCUCGGGGUUGGUCGGCAGCGGGAUUCGUCCCGUUCUUGUCAGAUCAGGGCAAGCUCUACCGGGGGUCAGCGAGAGUACCGGUGCUGCAGGGCGACAGGGGGACAGAGAUACCAUUGGGAUGCUGGGAGCUAAUGGUCCAGGGGGUCCGAGAGGUGCGAGGCCGGGGAACGGGACCGGUGUAAACCCUCUUCAGACUUCCGUUCAAAGCAGCAUGGUGGGCUUAAGUCCAGGAGUCAUGUUGCCUCACGGAGCCCGCUUCGAUCCGGACCGGGAGAGUGCGCCUCUGUGCAGCGGCUCAGAUAACGACUCGGACUCCGGAGAUGAUGACGAACCCGUGGGUUCACUUGGGGACAGCAGGAGAGGGGUGAAGCGGGAGAGAGGGGAGAUGGAGGCUGCGGUGUCGGGACAGGAGGUAGGAGUAUCGCCCGGAGGUUACAGCAUGGUGCCCGGAGGGGUCGCCGGGGCAAAACCGGGCAAGAAGACACGUGGACGCGUAAAGAUAAAGAUGGAAUUUAUUGACAACAAGCUGAGACGGUACACCACAUUCAGCAAGAGGAAGACGGGCAUAAUGAAGAAGGCCUAUGAACUCUCCACCCUGACGGGAACCCAGGUUCUGCUACUCGUGGCCAGCGAAACGGGUCACGUGUACACUUUUGCUACUCGCAAACUCCAGCCCAUGAUCACCAGUGAAACGGGCAAAGCCUUGAUCCAGACAUGCCUCAACUCGCCAGACUCUCCGCCGCGCUCCGACCCGUCCACAGAUCAGCGCAUGAGCGCCACCGGGUUUGAGGAGACUGACCUCACCUACCAGGUGUCGGAGUCGGAGAGCAUGGGCGACACAAAGGACACCCUGAAGCCGACAUUCACAGUAGCGACCCUGCCAGGCUCGGCCAGCAGCGCCCAGUCCACAGUACCCACCACCUCCACCACCAUGCAGGUGAGCAGCGGAUCUUCGUUUCCCAUCACCAACUACCUGGCCCCCGUCUCGGCCAACAGCAACAUCAGUGCCAACGGGACUGUCCUCAAGACUGCCAGCGCCUCCACGGGGGUCAUGCAGCUGCCCGGCGGCUUCACGUUCAUGCCCGCAGGCACUCCUCUCCCUCCUGGUACCCCCACCAUUCCUCUGAGUCAGUUGCAACAGCACUCCUUGGCCCUCCAGGGGCAGCAUGGUCAGGCCCUGGCCGUCACCCCACAGCCACAGCAGGGACAGCAGGCUGUCUUCCGCUUCCCUGCUGCUGUCUCCCUCACAGGCCCAGGGGUACCCCAGCAGCUCCAAGCUAUCCAGGUCCAUCCUAACGCCCAGCCCACCUCCAACAGUGACAGCAGCCCUGAGAUCUCCCAUACCUCUACAAACUCCACCGCCACGGUAAGUCUCCCAGCAACCAUUGUCACUUCGUCAGUGCCAACGUCUGUGGCAGGUCACAUGAUGUACCCCAGCCCGCACACAGUGAUGUACGCCUCCACGCCCGCGCUGGCAGACGGCGGGCUGGCUGUGCUCAACGCCUUCUCCCAGGGGACCUCGGCAAUGCAGGUGUCCCACGCACAAGCCCAAGACACAGGUGGUGUCCCUCAGGUGUUCCUCACAGCACCUCCAGGCACGGUGCAGAUCCCUGUCUCAGCAGUGCAGCUACACCCAGUACGGCAAGAUCUGCAUUUUACAAAUGGUGAUUGGCCAGCAGUCGAGCGGCAGCAGCAGUAACCUGACGGAGCUCCAGGUGGUGAACAGCACAGAACUCAAAGAGUGACUGACAGACGGCUGGAGCUGUUUAACACGGCAGACCCAGGGACGGACACACACACACACACACACACACACACACACACACACACACACACUGACUGACAUCUCUAUUUAUUGAUGCCUUCCUUUGUGGGUUCACAUCACACUUCUGAAUGUGACUUUAUAAUACAUACAUAUAUACGCAUACACACACACACACACACACACACACACACACACACACACACACACACACACAAUCAAGGGCAUAUGUGUGGCAGACCCUUACACAGUAUGUUUUGGUAUAUAUAUAUAUAAUAUAUAUAUAAAAUGCAUAGGAGAUAUAGCGCUAAAUCCAUCAUCGGAACCUAUUUUCUAUGCCGUUUGAUGGUGUUAUUUUUGCGCGUGUGUGUGUGUGGUUUUUUCCUUUAUUUUGACAUUAUGUAAUUACAUGUGCACACACACACACUGCAAAGUGCCACAGCUUCACACCAGCCAAAGAGACAUUUGUUUGUCUGAAUGUUCCAGUGUGAGCAGUUUGUGCACAAGCAUGUGUCAGUGUGUGCGCACAUAUCUGAGGUUUGUAAAUGGGCGGGGAGAUGCUUAUCGACUUAAAAAAUAAAAUCGAUUUGGAAAUGUACAUAUUUUUUUUUUUUUUUUUUUAAAUUGAUGAUUUGUAUUUUUAUCCUGGUUAAUUUUGUGCAACGGCAUGUAGUUGUUGUUUUUUUUGUUUUUUUUUAAAUGUAGUGGUUUUUGUAUGUACAUGAAAUUGAUUUGGAUAAAGAAAAAGAAUUAUUUACAUGUCAGUGUAAAUUAAUUUAAUGUACCAUCAUAUGCUGGUAUAUACUGUCACGCUGUUGGGAGUUUUCACUACAAGAUGGAGAAAGAACGCUGGAUGUUUUUUGGACUUUUUUUUUUUUUUUUUUUUCUUUUGUGACAUUUGCAGGACUGUCCUUCAGACUCUGGGUAGCUGGGUCACAAAGUACAUCAUCAUUUUCAUUUACUCUUCACAUCCUUUUUUGAGGGAGGGCGGGGCUGGGAAACUUUCCAUUUGGUAUUACAUCAGUUUCACAUGUGAGGUUUCCAAAUGAAGCCGGACCUGGCACUUCUAGUGCAGAAGUUAUUUAAACUAUGACAAUCCAGUGGAAACAAUUUUCCUUUGUCACAAAUCUGUAUUUUUUAUUAUUAUUUUUACAUUUUGUGUUCACGCUUAGAGACAUAAAGGAAUAUUUAAGUGACAUUAGAUGGAGAUUGUUCACUUAUUUUUGUAAUGCCACCAUAUUUGAAAGACUGGCUCGUCAAAGCAGAGUGCCAAUUAGCAUCUGUUAACUGUAAUGAUGCUAAUAAAGCCGCAUCAAGGCACCGGGCACCAAACUCUGGUUUUAACAAGGGCAGGUAAUCGCACUGUACAGACGUUGCAUUGCUCUUCAGCACACAAUCAAAGCACUGUUGCUCAAGUGAUGACUAGAAUUAUUUUUCUAAGAAUGAGGAUCUCUUAAUUUGGCAAAGUGACGUCAGGUGCUUUAUGUUAUACUCCCUUCAGCUAUAAGUGUAAGACCCUGUUUGACUGCAAUCUCAGUAUGUACCUCAACAAUCAUUAAGAAUGAGAGUCAUUAGACUGAGAGCCUUCUUUCUGCACCAUAGUGCCUCUCCUCUUCCAUGGCUGAUUUUUUAAAAAAAAAAGAGAAAAGUCAAUGCACGGCAAAAAGGGAGCUUUACUUAUUUCCACACCACCUCACAUUACUUUGGACCUGUCAUACAAUCCAUUGCUGUGCCCGGAGAGUGCGAUUUUUCACUCAUUUCUGCAGAAUUAGUUGGACGACUGAGCAUGGCAGGCUUGAAGCCAAAGAAAAUUUGACAGAGGCUAAAGUUCCCAUGCCCACUUCUGUUCAGCUAUUCGCUGGCAAGCGAGGUCAUUUUCACGCCCGAUGGUUUCUCUGUUCUAUUCAUGCUGUCAUGUCGUCCUGCAGGGCUGUUUGCAUAGGAAAAAUUACAUGUUGCGGGCAUUCAGUUCUCACAUAGGAAAUCUUAUUUGAAAGGGGAUUACUGAAUAGAAUUUGUGGUUUUAAUCAUGUUGUUGAAAGAAAAUGGUUAUUUUGUGUGUUUUUGUUUUAUUGUACAGAACUUUUGUAAUAAAACAAGAUGAAACACAACGAACUGUUCAAAGAAUGACCACAUCUCCUGCUGAGGAACUUUGUUUUUUUUAAUUGGGACGGAGAAUGUCAAAACCAUAUUGUCCUGAAUGAAACCUUUUGUGUGUGUGUGUGUGUGUAUAAGAGCAGUGAUGAAGACAGCUGAUGAGGAAUAAAUGAACCGAUGCCUCUGAGUGCGCACGAUACUGCAGUGAUUGCUUCUCGUUAUUCUGAAGCAUUGGGAGGCGCGAGCGUGCGCCUUUUCCUGUUUAAAUUA